UUUCAAUACUCUGAUCUCAUGACCUAAUUGUCUCUCAAAUCUUCUUCUGUUAGAUAACACCAUGCGCAUCUUAGCAUCCCGACUAUCUACUCAUCUGUGUAGAAGAAGAUCCGGGCAUGUUCAAUCCCGUAACUUCUCAUCCCGCAAUGUGAAAGAUGAGAUCUUUAUUAAGCAUAGAAGGGUUCGGUGGUUUGUCAAUUCUGUGACUGCAACUUAUCUUGUAUAUCUUUUUGGUCUUCCUUUCAUGGGAGAUAAUUUGAAGAUGCGACACGCUAUGUUACUUUUGGAAUCCAAUUUUCCCUUUGUUAAAGCUGUGGGAGCUCAUAAAGUAGCCCGUUUUGCAACAGAUGAUGAAAGGAGGAUGAACAUAGUGGAGAUUGGUGGUGCGCAGGAGCUUGUAUAUAUGUUGGGGGAUGCUGAAGACUAUUAUACACGGAUAGAAGCACUGAAGGCUCUUGCUGCCCUUUCUGGCUCAGAUGAAGCAGCUGGAGCUUUAUACCGUGCUGGAGCAAUAUCAGUUAUAAAAUCCACUCCACGAUCCUCUGAUGGGGCAAUAUUAUUUUUGGGGUCCACUCCAGAAUCCUUUGAGGCUGAAAUCGAGAAAUACAAGUCAAGCCUAUUGAAGAGAUUCCAAGAUCUGAGAUAUGAUAUACCAUCCUGAGAUUGUGUGAUGUUAAAACUAGCUUGUUCAACUUUAAACGUGAGAGACUGUUUUGUGAGAGCAAUCUCCAAAUUUGGAAGAGAUACGUGUUUUACCAGGGAAAAUUAUAAGACUUUAUAUUUGAUGUCUAUUAUAACUUGAGUACUAAAAACAAUAAUAUAUGAAAUAUGAUAUCUAUAACAAAAAUAUAAGACUCUACUCUUUCUGCCUUUCGAUUGUGUCGU